AUGGAGCAAUCCAAUAAAGAGCACAGGAAGGGGAGGGAUAAGGCAACAGCCAAGAAAAAAUUGCAUACGCAAGGCCACAAUGCCAAAGCGUUCGCCGUGUCAGCUCCGGGCAAAAUGGCCAAGGCCAUGCAGAGGACAAGCGACGUAAAUGAGAGAAAGCUUCACGUUCCGAUGGUCGAUCGGACCCCAGAAGAUGAUCCCCCACCAGUGAUCGUUGCCGUGGUGGGACCCCCAGGAACUGGUAAGACCACUCUAAUAAAGUCUCUUGUAAGAAGGAUGACCAAAUCCUCACUCACAGAAGUUAACGGGCCCAUCACUGUGGUUUCCGGUAAGAGAAGAAGAUUAACUUUUCUUGAGUGUCCUGCCGACGAUCUCAACUCAAUGGUCGAUGUGGCCAAGGUCGCAGACCUGGUUUUACUUAUGAUGGACGGUAAUUUCGGCUUUGAAAUGGAAACCAUGGAAUUUUUGAAUCUUGCACAGCACCACGGUAUGCCUCGUGUGUUAGGAGUUGCCACGCAUUUAGAUCUGUUUAAAUCGCAAUCUACCUUGAGAGCUUCCAAGAAGCGACUAAAACACAGAUUUUGGACCGAAGUAUACCAAGGUGCCAAACUAUUUUACCUUUCAGGUGUUGUAAAUGGUCGUUAUCCAGAUCGUGAAAUCUUGAACUUGUCCAGAUUCAUUUCUGUCAUGAAGUUCAGACCACUGAAAUGGAGAAAUGAACAUCCAUAUCUAUUAGCAGACCGUCUGACAGACAUCACACAUCCGCAAUUAUUGGAGAGCAAGGGCAAACACGUUGAUAGAAAAGUGGCACUAUACGGUUACUUACAUGGAUCUGCUCUACCUGCUAUGGCUGGGGCCCGCGUUCAUCUGGCCGGUGUAGGUGACUAUUCCAUUUCGCAUGUUGAGAAAUUGCCCGAUCCCUGCCCAACUCCAUAUUUUCAGCAAAAACAGGAUGAGUACGAACGAGAAAAGAUGAAAGAGGAUGGUGGUGCCGGUUCCGGUGCGCCCCGCAGACGGAAAAGGCUAGACGAUAAACAAAAACUUAUCUAUGCACCAAUGUCCGACGUUGGUGGCGUUCUCAUGGACAAAGAUGCCGUUUUCAUAGACGUCGGCUCGAAGAAUGGAGAAGGUGCUAGUUUCGUACCUGGUCAGGAGAAAGGUGAAGGUGAAAAGCUUGUGACCAGCCUUCAGUCAGCUGAGAGAGGUAUUGCGGAGGGCUUCGAUGGCGUCGGGUUGCAACUUUUCAGCAAUGGACAGGAGUUGCAUGCUGAUGAUCAACAAUUGAACAGUUCGGCUAGUGAAGAGGAGAACAGCGAUAACGGCAUUGAUGUUGGAAGACAAAAUCUGAGAAAACCUAGGAUUUACGGCAAAUCUGUGCAAGAAGCAGAUGCUGAUGUUGACGAACUAGCAUCUGAUGACGAGGAUGAGAAUGGUGAUUUUGGUGAUGAUGAUGAUGAUGAAUCUCGUCAAAGGAAAAUGGUUAACAUAGAUUUUCCUUCCGGAAACGGCGACUUCGUUGACGCUCAUACCGACUCUGAGUUUGAGCUUUCGGAUCACGAACAAGAUAUUUGGACACACAGUACAGCUUCAAAGCUCGAAGGUUCGAAUAACAGACGCAGGAAAUGGGAUAUUGGCAAACUCAUCUACAUGGACAAUAUCGCACCAUCAGACUGUCUCAAAAGAUGGAAAGGUGAAAUUGAUCAAGGCACAGAAGACGAUGAUGAAUCGCAAGAAGAUGAAGAUUUUUUCCAGAAGAAGGAUACCACGAGAACUACGGCAUCUUGUGCCGAUGACGAUUUAGAAAAGUUCAAACCACAUUUUGAGACGUUUAAAAAGCUCAUUGCGAAAUGGCCUAAUAUGGAUCGAAUCAAAAACAGACUGAUAGGAUCUUCAAAACCGCCCUCCACAGGCGUGGCCGAUGCUGAUGAAGAUGAAGAGGCAUAUGGCGACUUCGAAGAUCUAGAAGAGACGAACGGUGAAGGAGCUGAGAGUGGCGUCAAUGAAGACAACACGUCGCAUGACGAUAGCGAUGGUAAUGAAAGCGACGGAUCAUUUGCUGAUUUCGACAAGGAGGAAAAGAAGUCACUCAGUACAGAGCAAGAAAGAGAAGAGAAUGCAGCAAAGAAGGAGAAUCUACGUUUGCAAUUCGAAAUGGAAGAAGGUGACAAUUUUAAGGAGGAAGACCCUAACAAUGAAUACGAUACAUGGUAUGAGCUUCAGAAGGCCAAGAUGGCUAAGCAGAUGGAGAUUAAUAAUGCUGAGCUUGAGGAUAUGACACCUGAACAACGUCAAAAAAUUGAGGGUUACAGAGCAGGUUCCUAUGUGCGGAUCGUUUUUGACAAUUUGCCCAUGGAGUUUGUUGAAAACUUCAACCCUAAGUACCCCAUUAUCAUGGGGGGUCUGCUUCCUGCCGAAAUGAAAUUUGGUAUCAUCAAAGCAAGAAUUAGAAGACAUAGAUGGCACAAAAAGAUUCUGAAAACCAAUGAUCCGCUUGUGUUGUCCUUGGGCUGGAGAAGAUUUCAAACUCUACCUAUUUACACAACCAGUGAUUCGCGGACAAGAAAUAGGAUGCUCAAAUAUACUCCAGAGCAUUCUUACUGUUUUGCCAGCUUUUACGGGCCUCUAUGCUCCCCGAACACAACGUUUUGUGGUAUUCAGGUCGUUGCAAAUAGUGACACUACUGGAAGCUUCAGAAUAGCAGCGACUGGUAUUGUAGAGGAAAUUGAUGCUAGUGUCGAGAUCGUCAAAAAAUUGAAGCUUGUUGGAUAUCCUUACAAAAUUUUUAGAAACACUGCAUUCAUCAAGGAUAUGUUUUCUAGUGCUAUGGAGGUUGCAAGAUUUGAGGGUGCUCAGAUUAAGACUGUUUCAGGUAUUCGAGGUGAAAUAAAGAGAGCAUUAUCAAAGCCUGAAGGUCAUUUCAGAGCUACUUUUGAGGACAAGAUUCUUUUAAGCGAUGUCAUCGUGCUAAGAAGUUGGUACCCCGUCCAUAUCAAGAAGUUUUACAACCCAGUCACAUCUUUAUUGCUACAAAAUAAGACUGAAUGGAAAGGUUUGAGGCUCACUGGCCAGAUCAGAGCUGCCAUGAAUCUUGAAACACCAAUGAAUCCAGAUAGCGCGUACAAGAAGGUGGAGCGUGCUGAGAGACGUUUCAAUGGUUUGAAAAUUCCUUCCUCCAUUCAAAAAUCACUUCCAUUCAAGUCCCAAGUGCAUCAAAUGAAGCCCCAGAAGAAGAAGACUUACAUGGCUAAAAGAGCUGUCGUUUUGGGUGGUGAGGAAAAGAAGGCACGGUCAUUCAUGCAAAAAGUGCUCACGGUUUCGAGUGCCAAAGAAGAGAAGAAAAAGGUCAAGAACCAAGACGCACGCAAGGAGAGGCUCAAGAAGUUGGCCAAAUUGGAGGAGAUCAAAACUGAAAAGGACAAAGAGCGCAAGAAGAGAUAUUUCCAGGGCGAAGGUAAGAAAAGACAACACACCGAUUCGAGUACGGACAGAGGUUCCAACAAACGUAGAUAA